AUGUGUGCGUUAGUAACUAAAUUAGGUCCAAUGAUAGAAAAGAGUCUAUCAAAGUUUUGCUUGGUUGAAGAUCUCAUAUGGGAUAUCACCAAGGAGAAAUAUGAAGAUAAUUUGGCUGAAUUAACAAAGAUAUUAUCAGAAAAAUCUUUUCAUAAGUAUAUCUUGCAAACAAUUCGAUCUGCAAAAAAAUACAGACCAGCGCAAAAUGAUAUUUUACUACUUUUAACAAAAGCUUUGCAAAAUCAAAUUCCAAUUUUUACUGAAAUCCUUCAGGAUUGGACAGAAUUCGUUCCUGACGAAAUAGAAUCACAUGCUAUGACAGAUGAUGUUGGAUAUUUUGUACAAAAUCGAAAUUCAGAAAAUGAUAGAAAAUCUUUUUUACUUUCGGCAUUAUAUGGAUCAAUUAAUACAUUUUCGUUUUUCAUGUCUAAUGGAGCGGAAUUUGAUAAUACAGUUAUAAAAAAUGCCGCAAUUGGCGGAAAUUUAGAAAUCAUUAAAAUAUUAAUAGACAAAGAUGUUCCCAUAGUCGCUGCUAUACAGAAUUCAAUUGCUUCUCAUCAAAACAAAGUUUUAGAUUUGAUUUUCGAAAAUCUCGAAAUUGACAUGAAAGUUUCAAUAUCUGAUCUAUUUAAGAGAUCGAACAUUCGCUCUAUAUCCCAUUUGUUAGCCUACAGCCCGAAUUUUUCAAUUAAUAAUUUGAAAUUAAUUGAAUUUGGAAUUCAAAUGGAAUCUAUACCUUUACUCAAGUUCUUCAUCAAUAAAAUGAAAUACAGUAUACCAAAUGACUUAGCAAUUCACGGAAAAAUCUACAAAACAAUUUUCAAAGCGGAAGAACAUCGAAAAGAAAUGCUUUCUUAUCUUAUUUCGCAAGGUCUCAACGUCAAAUUCAUAUUCGAAAUAGAAGAUACAGCUUACAACCCUUUGGCUCUGUCAAUUAUAAAUAAAGAUCAAGAAACAGGAAUUUUUCUGAUCGAGCAAGGCGCUAAUUGUAAUUUUGUGCUUGUUCUAAAAGGGAAGAGAUAUCCUAUGAUAACAUUGGCCGCAAAAUACCAAUUAUUUUCUUUAAUUAAUAAAUUAAUUCCAAAUGUGGACAUAAAUUCACCAUCUUAUGUUUCAUCGCCAAAUAAUAUCAAUCGUUACAAAAAGAAUGCUUUAAUUUACUCAAUUAAAUAUUCAAAUAUUUCUUUUUGUAAAAUGUUGUUAAAACAUGGUGCAGAUCCGAAUUACAGCAAAUUAGAGUAUUCUCCACUAUGUUAUUGCUGCAAAGUUUCGAAUUUUGAAUUAUUUAAUUAUUUGUUUAAAUUUACCGGACUUUUCCCUGGAGAUCUUGAUGAGAAUGGUAAAAUAACACAUUCACCACUCUCCAUUUGCAUUAAAAAUGGAAAUGUUGAAAUGAUAAAAUUAAUUCUUGAUUUAGGCUAUGAUCCGAGCAUUUCCAUCGUAAAUGAAGCUGAUGAAAACGAAAUUGAUCAUUUACAGUAUGCAAAAUUAUUUGAAAACCAAGAAAUUAUAAAUAUAAUUUCACAAAAAAUGGAAAUUGCAACAAAAAGAAAUAGUUUCUUUAAAGAUUCCAGAGAGGAAUACUUUACACAGCAUUCCAUUUUUAAAGAUGCAAAUGAAAGUCAAUUAUUAGACGCUGUUCGCGCUGGAUGCGUAGUACGCGUUAACAUUAAAAUUUUCCCUCGUAGCGAUAUAAUUGAAGCCUUCAACAAAUUGAUGGAUGCAGGAGUUAUAUUAGAACUUCAUAAUUUGGAAUAA